GCCCUCGGGGCGGCCUGGUUCGCCUCCGCCACGCGCGUCCGGCCCAGCCGCGGGCGGCCCGCUUCUCUCGGGAGCCCGCACCAGGCGCAUGGCUCCAUGAAGCAGGAGGAGCAGGCGGAGCGCGAGAGGUCCCGUCCAGCCCGGCUGCGUGGGGGCCAGGAGGCUAGGGUUCUGCAGCAUUCCAGACCUCGAAUACUGAAUCAGGAUGGGAAAAAGACGUUGUGUUCCUCCACUCGAGCCCAAGUUGGCAGCAGGCUGUUGUGGAGUCAAGAAGCCCAAACUAUCUGGAAGUGGAACGCACAGUCACGGCAACCAGUCUACAACUGUCCCCGGCUCUAGUUCAGGACCUCUUCAAAACCACCAGCAUGUGGAUGGCAGCAGUGGUCGGGAGAAUGUGUCGGACUUAACUCUGGGACCUGGAAACUCUCCCAUUACCCGAAUGAAUCCCGCAUCGGGAGCGCUGAGCCCUCUCCCUCGGCCCAAUGGAACUGCCAACACCACCAAGAACCUGGUGGUGACUGCAGAGAUGUGCUGCUACUGCUUUGAUGUCCUCUACUGUCACCUCUAUGGCUUCCCACAACCACGACUCCCUAGAUUCACCAAUGACCCCUAUCCGCUCUUUGUGACAUGGAAGACAGGGCGGGACAAGCGGCUUCGUGGCUGCAUUGGGACCUUCUCAGCCAUGAAUCUUCAUUCAGGACUCAGGGAAUACACGUUAACCAGUGCACUUAAGGACAGCCGCUUUCCUCCCCUGACCCGAGAGGAGCUGCCUAAACUUUUCUGCUCUGUUUCCCUCCUUACUAAUUUUGAGGAUGCCAGUGAUUACCUGGACUGGGAGGUGGGGGUCCAUGGGAUUCGAAUUGAAUUCAUCAAUGAAAAAGGCGUCAAACGUACAGCUACAUAUUUACCUGAGGUUGCUAAGGAACAAGACUGGGAUCAAAUCCAGACAAUAGACUCCUUGCUCAGGAAAGGUGGUUUUAAGGCUCCAAUUACCAGUGAAUUCAGAAAAACCAUCAAACUCACCAGGUACCGAAGUGAGAAGGUGACAAUCAGUUACGCAGAAUAUAUCGCUUCUCGACAGCACUGUUUCCAGAAUGGCACUCUUCAUGCCCCGCCCCUCUACAAUCAUUACUCCUGACACAAGGCUGCAUGACCAGUCCCACCCCCCUGUGGCUACCAAUGGCUAUGACAUCAUUGGAGCAGAUGCCUCCUCUUCCUGGUCCAGUUACUUCUAUUACUGCACCAUUUUAUGAUGCUAGCUUCCGUUGCCAAGUCUGCUCCAGCUGACUGAGGGGAGGGGGCGGGGUUCUAGUGAAUGAAACCGAACUUUUGAGGGGCCCAAGCCUUAUCUCAGCCUUUCCUCAAUAUGGGGUUCUGUUGGAUUGGGGCUCCUCCAUGACCAGUGAGAAUUACCUUGUCGAUUCAGAAGACUCGGCAUGCAGGUGACACUGGUGAUUUGCCACCUGUAUGAUGGCCACACAGUAGAAGCUGGAAUUGAUUAUCCAUGAAGGCUAAACCCCACACAUCCCCCUACAGCCUUUCCAGAUUGAGUAAGUGUAUUUCCCGGGCAGUCUGGGCAACGGAGACCAACAAGAACCAUUUUUAGGUUGUUUUAAAUUCCUUUUUUUAAACUUCCAGUUUAUUGCUUACCAACUAAGAGUUGAUCACAACCUCCAUGCUUUGUAAGCGGACGCCAUGUUAGGGUGGAAUAUGGCCACCUAGAGUUCUCUGAGGCUUCUGGACAGAGACCCACAUCAAGAUCGGAAGCCCUUUGGAUGGCCUUGCAGAUCUCAGUGCUCAGUAAAGCCUCGAAGGUUUUAUUCUCAUCCCACUGUCAGCUGGAUUUUCUGCCACUCUUCCUGCAUUGAGUCUCCUGGUAUUGAACAGAGCUCUGUGGUGUAGCCUGUUGAGGAGUGAACUUGGAUGCCUGCAGGAGGUCCUGAUGUCAUCACUGCAUGCAAUGUGAAAGGAGAGACCUCUUCUUUACCACCUGGCUACCUCACUUCUCUACUGGUAGCAGUGCCUAUAGCUGGAUCUAGGUUCUCAGAAGGCAGAGAUGU